CAAAUCAAAAUCGGCGCCUCACCUCCCAAACGCCAAUCUAUCAUCAGCUAUCGAUUUCAUCAGAGACGAAGGAGAAGAAGGAAAGGAAGGGAAAUAAUCUUCUCCGGCGAGAGGAUGUCAUGUUGUUCGUCCUUAUCAGCGGCUCCUACAUCCAUGUCUUUGAUUUCAAAGCGCAAAUUCACGAGAUCCGUUAAUAAACAUGUGAUCGUUUCCAUGAAUUCUCGCUUCAGAGCUUCUGCAGAAGUUCCUGAUUUUCUUCCUGCCGAUUGGCAUCAAGCACACAAGAAGAAUCCUCUAGGCCCAAGUUUACAUGUAACUGUUCACCUAUGCAAUUCACUGCAGAGGAAGCUAUUCAACGCCAGCUAGAUGCACUGAGGUACAAUGAUCGACCCCAUCAAGAUUAUGGAAUUGAGGUCAUGUACCAGUUUGCUGGGUUCAAUCCUCUUCAAAGGUCGACAUAUUUCGGUCCCUUCUUCGAUUUGGGACAGUUUGAAAGAUUCAGACGGGUAUUCCACCAUUCGACGUAUCGUGUAUUGCUCGGCCAUAAAGAGAGAAAGAUCUUGAGCAGUUUGAUUGUAGAGGAGAAUCGAUUCAAGCAGCGGGUAUGGAUACGAGGUUGUCGCCCGAAGGAAGAAGAAAUAUUUCAAUUCACUAUGGUUCAGAGGGUUGGCGGCUCGUGGGAUGGGUAUUGGCUUACAGAAAGUGUGCUUAACGAUGGAGAUGCAUUUAGUGGAGGCUUAGCCUACUAAGGAAAAGGAUGCUUUGCUCAAAUUGGGUGACUGGUUAGUAAACUUAGCAUAAUGUUGUUCAAUUUGUAUAUUUGAAAUGUAUAUCAUAGGUCUGUAUUAUAAUUUGAACCCUUGUAAGAUCAUAGAACUUAGAAUUUGUAUAUAUUAUUUACAUGGUUUCGUUCUA